GCAUUGCCCUAUCUCCUCCUCCUCGUCCAACCACCGGGCCCGGCGAGUUCAGGCUCCGUUCCCGGUUGUCCUUGUCCGUCGAUGGCCGCCUCGCUGCUUCGCCGCGGCGCUUCCGCCGCAGGCCACCGGCGAUGCCCGGCGGAGGUGCUGCGGCGGCUGGUCUCGUCGGAGGCGGCGCCCGAUCGGGGACCGUCGCGGGCGGCGCCUGAGAUGCCGCCGUUCGACCACCAGCCCCGCCCGUACGCCGGGAUGGGCGCCGCCGAGAUCUUCGAGAAGAGGAAGGCCGUCCUUGGCCCGUCGCUCUUCCACUACUACCAGAAGCCGCUCAACAUUGUGGAGGGAAAGAUGCAGUAUCUGUAUGACGAGCAUGGGAAGAGAUACCUCGAUUGCUUUGGGGGUAUCGUGACAGUUUCUUGCGGCCAUUGCCAUCCGGAUAUUGUCAAUGCUGUGGUGGAGCAGACCAAGUUGCUCCAGCACACAACCACCAUAUAUUUGCAUCAUGCCAUUGUCGAGUUUGCAGAGGCACUCACCUCCAAAAUGCCUGGCAAUCUCAAGGUUGUGUAUUUUGUCAAUUCUGGGACUGAAGCAAAUGAAUUAGCAAUGUUGAUGGCCCGGCUGUACAGUGGGAACCUCAGUAUGAUUGCACUCAGAAAUGCAUAUCACGGUGGAAGUGCUGGAACAAUAGGAUUGACUGGUUUGCAGACAUGGAAGUACCCAAUUCCUCAGGGUGAAAUACAUCAUGUCAUGAACCCUGAUCCUUACCGGGGGACUUUUGGAUCUGAUGCUGCAGCUUAUGCCAAGGAGGUCCAAGAACAUAUAACCUAUGGAAGUUCAGGAAGGGUUGCAGGCUUCAUUGCAGAAACAUUUCAGGGUGUUGGAGGUGCUGUCGAACUAGCUCCUGGAUACCUUAAGUUAGCUUAUGACAUUGUGCGGAAGGCUGGUGGUGUUUGUAUUGCUGAUGAAGUCCAGAGUGGAUUCGGUCGUACUGGAAGUCAUUACUGGGGUUUCCAGACGCAAGAUGUCAUUCCAGACAUUGUAACAAUGGCAAAGGGGAUUGGCAAUGGUCUACCAUUGGGGGCUGUUGUAACGACUCCUGAGAUUGCAAGUGUGUUGUCUCAAAAAAUCCAAUUUAAUACAUUUGGUGGAAACCCAGUUUGUUCUGCUGGUGGAUUGGCUGUGCUUAAGGUUCUUGACAAGGAGAAACGCCAGGCACAUUGUGCUGAUGUAGGAGCUCACUUGGUGGAGCGUCUAAAAUCACUUCAGGAGCAGCACGAAAUCAUAGGUGAUGUUAGAGGAAGGGGACUCAUGCUUGGCGUUGAACUCGUGACCGACAGGAAGGAGAAGACCCCUGCCAAGGCAGAAACUGCCGAACUGUUUGAGAAACUCAAAGAUCUCGGGGUACUAGUUGGAAAAGGCGGUCUGCAUGGUAACGUCUUCAGAAUAAAACCACCAAUGUGCUUUUCAAAGGACGACGCAGACUUCUUGGUGGACGCCAUGGAUUACGCGAUGUCAGGCCUCUGAAUGAGAAUGCGUCUCCGUUGAACCCUCAGUUCCUGCGACCGCAAGAUAUGCAUGGCCUGAUACUGAAAGGCAGAUGAUUCCAUGGCAUGUACUGACAUGGUGAAAUAGAACCCCGCAGGAAUAAAUGAAUGAAGGGGAAGAAAAUAUCAGAAAUUCAGAAUGUACUGUCGGCUUGCGAGCCGUUUGUAAAAGAACUAGUUAAUAAAUAAUAGCGAGCAAGCGAACAUGUUACCCAUAAGUA